AUGAAUAUGGGAGCCGAUUGUACAUCUUUCCACAAUGUUGCACAAAAGGGAUGGGAUCAUUUAUCUAAUGAGGCGCAAGAUAUACGAAAUGUAUUUGAGAAGUUCACAACUGAAGAGCGUGCGAAAAACAGAUUGAGAUUGACGGCUUCUAUUUAUUGYGUCCGUUGGUGUGCCUUUCAAGCAGUUGCAUUUAGAGGCCACAAVGAAAVGUCCGAUUCCAUUAACAGAGGGAAUUUUCUUGAAAUGUUGGAGGCACUUAGUGAGUUUAGCACCGAACUUAAAGAGUUAUUUUGUCAUGCUCCCAGAUAUGCAUCAUAUACAUCACCGCCGAUUCAAAAUCUUAUAUCAAAUAAGGUGAGGCAAAUGAUUUGUGAGGAAAUUGGUGGUCGUUGCUUUUGUUUACUUGUUGACGAAGCACGAGAUGGGUCUCAUAAAGAGCAAAUGUCUCUUGUUUUGAGAUUUGCUAAUAAAGAGGGUUUCAUUAUAGAAUGUUUUUUUGGACUUGUUCAUGUACGUGACACUACGGCACAAACGCUCAAGGAUGGAAUCUAUUCUUUGUUGUCACAUUACAAUCUUGAUGUCAAGUCUAUUCGUGGACAAUGGUAUGAUGGUGCAAGCAAUAUGCGGGGUCAAUUCAAAGGUUUGCAAGCCUUGAUUUUAGAAGAUUGUAAAUACGCAUAUUAUGUUCACUGUCUUGCUCAUYGGUUGCAAUUGGCAUUAAUGGCCGCUUCUCAAGGAGUUGUAGCACUACGUAAGUUUUUUACAACGUUGUCUUUUGUUGUGAAUGUUGUUAGUGCUUCUUCCAAACGCACUGACCAACUACGAGAUGCACAAGUCGAGGAAAUUGCAUACUUGAUUUCUGUUGAUGAAUUAGAGACCGGUAGAGGUCUCAAUCAAAUUGGUACAUUACAACGAGCCGGAGAUACUAGAUGA